AUGUAUUUAGCUGUGUGCACUCGCCCGGAUAUCGCAUACGCCGUGAACUACCUAAGCCAGUACAACAACUGCUUUCAAAAAGAACACUGGAUCGCGGCCAAGCGAAUUCUACGAUACCUGAAAGGUACAUCAAAUCAUGGCCUAACCUAUCAGAAAACAGGCAGGCCCCUCUCAUCCUACGUAGAUGCAGAUUGGGCGAACGAUCGCAUUGAUCGAAAGUCUUACACAGGAUCAGCUUUUAUCCUCAGCAAUGGGGCUAUCUCAUGGGAGUCCCGCAAACAGCGCUCAGUAGCGUUAUCAUCAACUGAAGCGGAAUACAUGAGUCUGACUGACGCUGCAAAGGAGGGCAUCCAUCUCAUAGGAUUCUUGAAGGAGCUUGGAAUGGAGAACCUCGCAAAUGUGCAGAUGUUCAACGACAACCAGAGCGCUGCAAAAUUUGCUCACAAUCCAAUAUAUCACGCAAGGUCAAAACAUAUAGACGUCCGGUUCCAUUUUAUUCGAGAGGUUCUUAGAUGCCAACCGAUCAAACUGGAAUACCUUCCAACGGACCUUAUGAUCGCAGAUGUCCUAACGAAGCCCUUAUCGUACGCUAAACAUGAAAAAUUCAGAAAAGGACUUGGAGUCAAGAUUCCAGAUAAUCAGCGUUCGGAUUGA